AUGGAGGCCGCUCCGCUCACACUGGCCCACACCCACGCCCGAAACGCAGUCCUCGAAACCCGCAAGUCGAACCCGGUCGCUGCUAGUGAGGAACAUGAUUUAGCUGCCGGCGAGUUUGCGGCUGCUGCUCAUAAUAAUACCGACCAGGAAGCUCUCCGCACCUUACAACUCCUCGAAAAUCACCACAAAAAGCUGGCCGAAAUCUUGCGGUUUCAACAUGAACAUCCUGCCAGCACCGAGGGGCCGACUGCCACUACCUCGUUGAAUCCAACGACCCAGCUCUCCUCGGAUACCGGAAAUACAAAGGCCGGCGCUUCUAUCGGCCAGGAUGUCUUGGGUCAACCUCCAAGGCUUCCGGGGACCCCCCGGAUACUCAGCCGAGAAUCCUCGUCAAUUGCCAGCAAUCUAGCUUCCGCUCGAGGUAUCCCGGCUCAACCUCGUCGUGGAUCACCGGUGUCGCCAACCCUUUCUGCCCACCAAGCCGGUGCGAAGAUGACAGAGGGACCAUCAAAAAUCAGGACUGGUGAAUCAAGGCUGCGGGAAGUCCCCAAUAAAAACCAAUCUAAACGAUCAUCAGCACCGAGACAGCCAUGGUCACCUCCACAGCCCGGUCCCACCGAUAUCACUUCUCAAGAGGUUGUUCCUGCAGAGUCCGUCAAUUCCACUUACUCCAACGCCAAUCCUUCGUUUGCAGAUGAACCUUUCCAGCGGUUCUAUUCUACAUUUGAAGGGCUUAUAUCCAGGAUAUCCGCACCUCUGGCAUUUGCAGGGCUACCUCUUGGCUCGUCAGAUGAUCCUACCAAAGCUAACCCCUCGACUCGCAAGUCUUCAGCAGAGACAAAGGUAGACCGUUACCAUGCGACCCCUGACAAGGGAAAUACGCUGGUUGAACCGGAUGUGAGCCGGAUAUUCUCACGGGCUGCACUACGUUCAAUUCGUGAAACUCCAGGCUCCAGUCCCGGAAACCCCGCUGAGUCCUUCUAUGUGGUCCCUACAACAGGUGGGACUAUGACAUACGCCGGUAUUAUGACCCGAGCAGAGAAGGAGGCGCGUCGAAACAGUUUGGAAGAUGGGGAUGAUGAUUUCGUGGACGCGCGAGAAACCCCAUCUUCGCCGGAGAUGCGCCAGAUUGCAAAAAGCUCCAAAAGCCAGACUACACGUCGCGGUGCUGCUGAUAAACUUACAAGUCUACAAAAUCCUAAAACAAUGGAAGAAUUACAGAUGGAGAACCAGGCUCUGAAGCACCUGUCUGACACCCUCUCCAAACGGCUUCACAUGUGGGAAGUCAACGCGCAGUCAUCAUCCAUGGCGCUACAGCAGUCUUUGAGAGCAAUCCACCAUCAAGAAGCUCUACCGCACGGGUCAUCGAGUAACACAUCUCCCGUGGCUCUCAUGUCCGCCGCAAAUCCGCUGUCGGACUCAAAUGAUAGAGUGAAAGACUUAGAAGACCUGGUUCGUCGAGGCGAACAGGAACUAGAACGAGUUGGGAAAGAAAAUGACAAACUGAAAAAUGUACUUGGGCGGUACCGUGAUCGCUGGGAAAAGCUCAAAGAAGGAGCUAAAACACGGCGGGCUGAAGGUCGGACUCAUGACAGUCCGACCAAUCCUUCGACGCCUACGGGAACUUCCAGGACCCCAGAAUUCCCCUCUUCGCCCCGCCCAGACACAGAGGGCGGGAAAUUCAAUACCUAG